CGAGGCUAUCGUGGACUCUGUAUGGGAGUAUGCAAGCCACGUCGGAACCAUUCUGUAGAGCGAGAACUUCUUCUCCAGGCAAAGGUAGGUAUAAACCUGUGGCCUCUCAGCUUCUAUCAAAUCGUCAUCUCGUUUCACUCUCUACGAGCAUCCCACCAACAGUCAUUCUCUCGCUCUUUGCUCAGUGUUAAUAGCAUAUUCUUUAUUGCGUACAUCUUAAUUAUUAAUAUCAUUCGCGAUGCGUUGGCAUCUUCUCGUUCCUCUUGCAGCAGCGGCGACGCUUGCCGCUGGCAAAGUAUCGACGAACGCGCGAUGCGGAAACGCUUACAAUGCCUUGCCCGGUGGCAUGAGCUGUACAGGCUCACAAUGGGGUAACUGCUGCUCUCAAUACGGUUACUGCGGCAAGACGAAAGACUACUGCGGAACUGGUUGUCAGUCAUCGUUUGGAACCUGCAACGGCGUUCUUACAUCCACGCGCAUCUCGACAACAUCAAGCCGCAGCAUCGCCUCAUCUACCAGAGCAGUCUCGUCGGUGGCACCAUCUUCUACUGCAGUAAAGGUCAAGGUCACGACGAAUGCUCGCUGCGGAAACCUGUACGGCGCAUUACCAGCAGGAAUGACAUGUUCUGGUGGAAAAUACGGUGACUGCUGUUCUCAGUACUCAUACUGCGGAAGUUCAAGCGCUUACUGCGGGACGGGUUGUCAGCCAGGGUUUGGAAAAUGCGAUGCCGUUUCUUCGAGCUCCGCUGUCAGCUCUUCGACUCUUGACUCAUCCAGCUCCCUCAGCAGCUCCAGCUCUAGUAGCGCUUCCUCCUCUAAUCUGGUUGUAAUCUCCACCUCUUCGGCCAGUGAGUCAACUACCAGCACUUCAUCUAGCGAGUCGUUGUCUAGUGACUCUUCAACGGUAAUUCCCAUCCCGGUCACCUCCAGCACGUCCUCCGAGAUUACUGUCACUUCGACCUCAACCACCGCCGCCUCUCCGUCACCAACUGCCGAUCAGUUCUGUGGCAUUGAAGGAGUCGACACUGUUGAUCUCCAGGUGAUAUCUGGAAAGCCUUUCACGACUCUGGAUGCAUGCUUGGCAGACUGCCAGGCCCAGAGCGCAUGUGGGAGCAUGAUCGUCUACUCGAAUACGUGCUACCUUACCAGGAUACCGAUUACUAGCACCAACGUUGCUCCCCAACCAAAUACCGGCUUGAAGUACUACAACCGUAAUUGCAUAGCCAAUCCCUUGGCAGCCACCACCCCACCCUCAACAUUAGCAACAUCUACCGUGCCUACCUCGACCAGCACUACCAGCACAUCUACAUCUACUGUCUGCAUCCCCCCAGCACCAACAAUAUCUUGUUUCGCCUACCCAGAGUGCCAGCAAUUCACCGCAGGCCUCGCAAACAGCUGCCCCUCCUACGGUGGGCAAUGCCAAGACAACUACUUUGUCCGUUGCGGAGAAAAACCAGCUUCAGGCUCACAAGCUAUCCUCGACGUCCCCGGCAUCUCGGUAGAUGCUUGCCGUGAAAGGUGUGACGGAAUCGAUAACUGUAUGGCCUUUUCAUACAAGGCUUCCACCUGCUAUCUGUGGAAGUAUGUAAAUGGGUUCAUUCAAGACGACGAGUCGAAUGAUUUUAUCAGGAUUUGUCCGGCUACUACGUGUUCUAGUGCACCGGUUCGCCGGGGAGAAGAGAGGAGUAUCGCUUUACAACGGUGGCGGAAACCCACUUAGUAUUGGUAUGUAGAAUGAUAGUGUGUAGGCGGAUAUGCUACAGAGUAGUUCUCUUCUUCUACCUUGUGCUCCGCCAAAAGUUUCAAUGAAAGUAUACAGUGUAUUCUUCACUACGAUAACCAUCGAAUAUAAAAUCUUCCCCGAUCUCGAAUCUUUCUUCCUCGCGCACACACGUAACCUACAUCCAUUGUCGAGACUCAAGAUGUCUAGCCAACCGAGUUCAAGCCGUUUACUAGACCUACCUAGAGAGAUCCGCGAUAUGAUAUACGAAUACGCACUCACUGAAGAUCAGGGUCUCCUUCUUGUUGAGCA